GACCGGCCUUUUCCUCUCCGCCCAGCGCUGUCCGAGCGUUGCAUCACCUCUGGACGCCCGGCGGCGGCGUGGACGCGGCUCUUUCCUGGUGCGCCGGCACGGGGGCCUUUCAGGUACAUCCCCGACCUGCUCGCAAGGUCGCCCCAGCAACAAAAUGGUUCAGCAAGUUCCAGAAAACAUCAAUUUUCCUGCUGAAGAAGAGAAAAUCUUACAGUUCUGGUCUGAAUUUAACUGUUUUCAGGAAUGCUUAAAGCAAUCAAAACAUAAGCCGAAAUUUACGUUCUAUGAUGGGCCUCCUUUUGCAACUGGACUACCUCACUAUGGACAUAUACUUGCAGGGACAAUUAAAGAUAUAGUUACCAGAUAUGCUCACCAGAAUGGGUUUCAUGUUGAGAGAAGAUUUGGAUGGGAUUGUCAUGGCUUACCUGUGGAAUAUGAAAUUGAUAAGACACUGGGAAUCAGAGGACCAGAGGAUGUAGCCAAAAUGGGGAUUGUAGAAUAUAACAAUCAGUGCCGAGCAAUUGUGAUGAGAUAUUCUACUGAGUGGAAGUCCACUGUUACCAGACUUGGCCGAUGGAUUGACUUUGACAAUGACUACAAAACUCUGUAUCCACAAUUCAUGGAAUCUGUCUGGUGGGUCUUCAAGCAGCUCUAUGAUAAAGGCCUUGUGUAUAGAGGUGUGAAAGUCAUGCCCUUCUCCACCGCAUGCAACACUCCACUGUCCAACUUCGAAUCUCACCAGAACUACAAGGAUGUUCAAGACCCUUCAGUGUUUGUAACUUUCCCUUUGGAGGAAGAUGAAAAUGUGUCUUUGGUGGCUUGGACGACCACUCCCUGGACUCUACCUAGUAACCUUGCCUUGUGUGUUAAUCCAGACAUGCAGUACGUGAAGAUUAAAGAUGUUGUCAGAGGAAAAUUACUCAUUUUAAUGGAAGCCAGAUUAUCAGCCCUCUAUAAGUUGGAGAGUGACUAUGAGAUCCUUGAAAGAUUUCCUGGUACCUGUCUCAAAGGCAAGAAGUAUAGGCCCCUGUUUGACUAUUUUGUGCAGUGCAAGGAGAGCGGUGCUUUCACGGUACUUGCUGACAACUACGUGCGGGAGGAGGAGGGCACAGGAGUGGUGCACCAGGCUCCUUACUUCGGUGCUGACGACUAUCGGGUCUGUAUGGACUUCAACAUCAUUCAGAAAGACUCUCCUCCCGUUUGCCCUGUGGAUGCUUCAGGCUGUUUCACGGCAGAAGUGACAGAUUUCACGGGACAGUACGUGAAGGAUGCUGACAAAAACAUCAUCAGGACUCUGAAGGAGAAAGGCCGACUUCUUGUUUCCAGCACCUUCACUCACAGUUACCCCUUCUGCUGGAGGUCAGACACUCCCCUGAUUUACAAAGCCGUGCCCAGCUGGUUCGUGCGGGUGGAGCACAUGGUGGACCAGCUCCUGCGGAACAACGACCUGUGUUACUGGGUCCCAGAGUUUGUGCGAGAAAAGCGAUUUGGAAAUUGGCUGAAAGAUGCACGUGACUGGGCAAUUUCCAGAAACAGAUACUGGGGUACGCCCAUCCCCCUGUGGGUCAGCGAUGACUUUGAGGAGGUAGUAUGCAUUGGAUCGAUGGCAGAACUUGAAGAGCUGUCGGGGGCAAAGAUCUCUGAUCUUCACAGAGAGAGCAUUGAUCAUCUGACCAUCCCUUCCCGCUGUGGGAAGGGAGUGUUGCGUCGCAUCUCUGAAGUGUUUGACUGUUGGUUCGAGAGCGGCAGCAUGCCCUACGCUCAAGUUCAUUAUCCGUUUGAAAACAAGAGGGAGUUUGAUGAUGCAUUUCCUGCAGACUUCAUUGCUGAAGGCAUUGACCAGACCAGAGGAUGGUUUUACACCCUGCUGGUGCUGGCCACUGCUCUUUUUGGACAGCCGCCUUUCAGGAACGUGAUUGUGAACGGGCUCGUCCUGGCAAGUGAUGGUCAAAAAAUGAGCAAACGAAAAAAGAAUUAUCCGGAUCCACUUUCAAUCAUCCAUAAAUAUGGUGCCGACGCCCUCAGACUGUAUCUGAUCAACUCCCCUGUGGUGAGAGCAGAAAACCUUCGAUUUAAGGAGGAGGGUGUGCGUGAUGUCUUGAAGGAUGUGCUGCUCCCUUGGUACAACGCCUACCGCUUCUUCAUCCAGAACGUCCUGAGGCUACAGAAGGAGGAAGAAACGGAAUUCCUCUACAACGAGAACACAGUUAAAGAAAGUGCCAACAUCACAGACCGGUGGGUCCUGUCCUUCAUGCAGUCGCUGGUUGGGUUCUUCGAGACUGAAAUGGCAGCUUACAGGCUCUACACGGUGGUGCCUCGCCUGGUCAAGUUUGUGGAUGUCCUAACCAACUGGUACGUCAGGAUGAACCGCAGAAGGCUGAAGGGUGAAAACGGGGUGGAGGACUGUGUUACGGCCCUGGAGACCUUGUUCAGCGUCCUGCUGUCCCUGUGCAGACUGAUGGCCCCCUAUACGCCUUUUCUCACCGAAUUGAUGUACCAGAAUCUAAAGCUGCUGAUCGACCCUGUUUCUGUCCAGGACAAGGAUACACACAGCAUCCACUACCUCAUGCUGCCCCAUGUUCGGGAGGAGCUGAUUGACAAGAACACGGAGAGAGCCGUUUCUCGGAUGCAGUCUGUGAUUGAACUCGGGCGAGUGAUUCGAGACCGCAAAACCAUUCCGAUAAAGUAUCCUUUGAAAGAAAUUGUGGUUAUCCAUCAGGAUCCAGAAGCUCUUCGUGAGAUCAAGUCUUUGGAGAAGUAUAUCAUUGAGGAAUUGAACGUCCGAAAGGUCACGCUGUCUACAGAUAAAAACAAGUAUGGCAUUCGCCUAAGGGCAGAGCCUGAUCACAUGGUCCUGGGGAAGCGUCUGAAGGGAGCCUUCCGGGCAGUGAUGGCGUCCAUCAAGCAGCUGAGCAGUGAGGAGCUGGAGCGCUUCCAGGCGAGCGGGACCAUUGUCGUAGAAGGCCAUGAGCUACAUGAAGAGGACAUCCGCCUCAUGUACACAUUUGAUCAGACAACAGGAGGGACAAUGCAGUAUGAAGCACACUCAGAUGCCCAGGUUUUGGUUCUCUUAGAUGUCACUCCCGACCAGGCAAUGGUGGAUGAAGGAGUGGCUCGGGAGGUCAUCAAUCGCAUCCAGAAACUUCGCAAAAAGUGCAAUCUGGUCCCAACUGAUGAAAUAACAGUUUAUUAUAAAGCAAAGUCUGAAGGGAAGUAUCUGAAUAAUGUUAUCGAAAGCCACACAGAGUUCAUAUUUGCCACCAUAAAGGCUCCCUUGAAACCGUAUCCAGUUCCAACAUCAGAUAAAGUCCUUAUUCAAGAAGAAAUACAGUUAAAGGGUUCUGACCUGGAAAUUACAAUCACCAGAGGAUCAUCCCUGCCUGGUCCUGCUUGUGCAUAUGUCAAUCUUAACAUUUGUACAAAUGGCAGCGAGCAAGGUGGAGUAUUACUUCUGGAAAAUCCAAAAGGCGAUAACAGGUUGGACCUUUUAAAGCUGAAGAAUGUUAUUACUAGUAUUUUUGGUGUGAAAGAUACCGACCUGGCUGUCCUCCGUGGUGCCGCAGAAAUACGAAACCAGACUGACUUACUAAGUCUCAGUGGGAAAACCCUUCGCGUGGCAGCGGGGUCUGCCCCCGCUGUGGUGGACGGCCCCGGCACUGCACUCUGCCGCUACAUCAACCUGCAGCUCCUGAACGCAGGCCCACAAGAGUGUGUAAAGGGAACAGUGGGCACACUCCUUCUGGAAAACCCCCCCGGGCAGAACGGACUCACCCACCAGGGCCUUCUGUAUGAGACAGCCAAGGUGUUUGGUCUUCGCAGCAGGAAGCUCAAGCUGUUUCUGAACGAGGCUCAGACACACGAAAUUACAGAAGAAAUCCCCAUGAAGACUUUGAACAUGAAGACUGUGUAUGUUUCUGUAUUACCCAUGACAGCGGAAUUCUAACAUCAUAUUCCACGUGACGGAGUCCUUCCCGCACCGCACGCCUGUCCCCUACACACACGGAAGGGGUUUCCUUCAGGGGCACCUAGGAUUUGCUGCUUUGGGUUCACAGUUGGAACCCAACUGUGAUUCCUCAGGGCACUUGGCGCCUCACAGUAAUACUUACACGUAACCCGGAGCUCCCGCACAGCCACGGGGAGGGCAGGCUGCACCUCUGCUCACUUCUACACUUGCACAACGUGGAAGUGAUUUCAGUGGCAGAUUUAUAUAUCAUUCUGUGGCCUUUUCAGACUUGUUUGAGAUGUCUUGAAGGUAUGUGUUAAAUAUUUCUGCUACCUGGAUUUUCCUGGGUAAUUUAAUGGAAUAUUUGAAGUUUAAGUAAAUUAGAACAAUAAAUAAAUUUUCUCUCAGAUAA